AUGGGAAAUACCAAAUCGGAGUUAGAUUUAUUGAAACAAGAGAAUGCCAGACUUAUGGCUAGAAUUGCAGAAUUGGAACAGAUCGCGAAAGAAAAGAAUGAGCUUGAGGUUAGAAUUGUGGAAUUAGAACAGACUACAAAGUUAAGUCAAACAGAAUAUGCCGAGCUCAAGAAUAAAAUUGCAAAAUUAAAACGCGCUGUUAAGAAUAUUGAAAAGCAAAAUCGAAUGGAUACUAAUGAUUUAGCCCCACAAGGCCUGCUUUCGCAGAAAUCUCCGGAAUACUCCACUCCAUUAUCUAAUAAGAGUUGCUCAAAUGACACUUCAGAACAGGUAGUUAACACAAUUUCCGAUGCAUCUAACCUUAAUGAAACUUGCUCCGGAAAAUAUAAAUUAUUAGAAGAUAAAGAAAUUGAUGUCUUUUUAGAUUCGGAAAAUAAGAAAAGGGAUCAAGACUUAUCUUUAGUUAAUCAGAAUACUUCAACGGAAUCUGAAAAGACAAUAACAUCAUCAUUAUGUGAUGCAAAAUCCGUGACAAAAUGUCACGAUCUUAACUGGAUAACAUUUUUCGGGCACAAA